UCUGCCUGCAGUACUUUUCAUCACGACCAACCAACUUCAGUUCAAGCAGCACGGGCAGGGUAGACGCCUGUCUGGAUGGAGGGCAAGUCGUCCGCUUGAUUUGUAUGAGUACCCGUGGCUCGCGGCGUGACCGGCAUUUGGGGACGUAAUUAGUUAUUUGCAUUUUUUUACGGAAAAGGGGCUCAAGUGAGAGUGUUAUUUCAGCGAUGCUAUUAUGAUAACGUUACCACACAUCCAGUGUGAUUUGCUAUGGUGAUACCACAAGCUAGCAGAGGGAUUGUUUGGGAGAUACAUUUUUGAGACUCGAACGCUGACACAUGAAUUAGACGCUUUUUGUGAAUUUUCAUCAAGCUGGAACACAAAGGGGGAUGUCUAGCCAAGGAGUUAGGAGAAAUGGCCCGGUAAAGCUGCGGUUGACAGUCCUCUGUGCAAAAAAUCUGGCAAAGAAAGACUUCUUCCGGUUGCCAGAUCCCUUUGCCAAAGUGGUGGUUGACGGCUCAGGACAAUGCCACUCUACAGAUACUGUGAAAAAUACGCUGGACCCAAAGUGGAAUCAACAUUAUGACCUAUACAUUGGAAAGGCAGACUCAAUCACCAUCAGUGUAUGGAACCACAAGAAGAUCCACAAAAAGCAGGGUGCAGGUUUCCUGGGCUGUGUCCGCCUUCUGUCCAACGCCAUCAACAGACUCAAAGACACUGGCUAUCAGAGACUGGACCUGAAUAAGCUGGGCCCCAAUGACAAUGAUACUGUGAGAGGACAAAUAGUUGUAAGUCUUCAAUCCAGAGAUCGCAUUGGGACAGGAGGGCCGGUGGUGGACUGCAGUCGCCUGUUUGACAAUGACUUACCUGAUGGCUGGGAAGAGAGGAGGACAGCCUCUGGAAGGAUACAGUACCUGAACCACAUCACACGUACCACGCAGUGGGAGAGACCUACCAGGCCAGCAUCUGAGUACUCCAGCCCAUCAGGGCGUCCGCUAAGCUGUGUGGUGGACGAGAACACGCCAGUGAUGACACCUGUUAAUGGGGCCGAGGCCAGUUGCCCACAGGGCGAACCACGGAUCCAGGAGAGAAGGGUUCGAUCGCAGCGGCAUCGUAACUACAUGAGUCGAACACACCUGCAUACACCGCCUGACCUGCCUGAGGGUUAUGAGCAAAGAACAACUCAGCAGGGUCAAGUCUACUUCCUCCACACACAGACUGGAGUCAGCACCUGGCAUGACCCCCGGGUGCCCAGGGACCUGAGCAAUGUGAACUGUGAGGAGCUGGGCCCACUGCCUCCAGGCUGGGAGAUCAGAAACACAGCCACAGGUCGCGUCUACUUUGUUGACCACAACAAUAGAACAACACAGUUCACAGACCCGCGGCUAUCUGCUAACCUGCAUCUAGUACUCAACCCAAGUCCAAAUGGUUCCCGUGUGGCCAUGGACAGCCAAAACACUAACCUCAGUCAUCCUACUCAGUUAAAGGACCAGGGUGGUCCUGGGGUCCCUCAGCAAGCUCUGUCUCCUGCCCAGCUGCCAGAAGAGGCAGAGUGCCUGACGGUGCCCAAAUACAAGAGAGACCUGGUGCAGAAGCUGAAGAUCCUGCGGCAGGAACUUUCUCAGCAACAACCCCAGGCCGGCCACUGCCGCAUCGAGGUCUGCCGUGAGGAGAUAUUUGAGGAGUCGUACCGGCAGGUGAUGAAGAUGCGUCCAAAGGAUCUCUGGAAAAGACUGAUGAUCAAAUUCAGAGGAGAAGAGGGACUGGACUAUGGUGGGGUAGCAAGGGAAUGGUUAUACCUGCUGUCCCACGAAAUGCUGAACCCCUACUACGGCCUGUUCCAGUAUUCCAGAGAUGACAUCUACACUCUACAGAUUAACCCUGACUCUGCUGUCAACCCGGAGCACCUGUCCUACUUCCACUUUGUGGGUCGUAUUAUGGGCAUGGCGGUGUUUCACGGCCACUACAUCGACGGAGGCUUCACUCUGCCCUUCUACAAACAGCUGCUGGGAAAAUCGAUCACGCUGGACGAUAUGGAGUCUGUCGACCCCGACCUCCACAACAGCCUUGUCUGGAUCCUGGACAAUGAUAUCACUGGCGUCCUGGACCACACUUUUUGUGUAGAGCACAAUGCCUACGGAGAAAUCAUCCAACAUGAGCUCAAACCCAACGGCAAGAGUGUCCCCGUCACAGAGGACACCAAGAAGGAGUAUGUCAGGUUGUAUGUGAACUGGCGUUUCCUGCAUGGCAUUGAGGCUCAGUUUCUGGCUCUGCAGAAAGGCUUCAAUGAGGUUAUUCCUCAACACCUGCUCAAAUCCUUUGAUGAGAAAGAACUGGAGCUCAUAGUGUGUGGCCUGGGAAAGAUCGACAUCUCUGACUGGAAGUCCAACACGCGUCUGAAGCACUGCACCCCCGAAAGCAACAUUGUCAAGUGGUUUUGGAAAGCCGUGGAGUCGUUUGACGAGGAGAGGAGGGCCCGACUACUGCAGUUUGUUACUGGCUCAUCCAGAGUCCCACUGCAAGGCUUCAAGGCUUUACAGGGUGCUGCGGGGCCCAGACUCUUCACCAUUCAUCAGAUCGAAGCUAACACCAACAAUCUUCCCAAAGCUCAUACGUGCUUUAAUCGGAUUGACAUUCCGCCCUAUGAGAGCUAUGACAAGCUAUACGACAAGCUGCUGACUGCGAUAGAAGAGACCUGUGGCUUCGCAGUGGAAUGAGAAUUAUAAAGUGUGAAUUUGUGUGGACAUGUUUAACUGUGUGUGCAGGACUCUUGAUAGACUAUAAUUGUCACUGCAACGUACCAAUGGGCUCACUCAGAGCCUGUUGCGUGUGUUUUUGACUAGCCUGCAGUCUUCCUCUUCUUCUCACCACUCUCCACAUUCUUCCUUCAUCAGUGUCUGUUUAAACAGCUGCUAAAGAGUCAUAUCUUGUCCUUUUUAUAUUCAUUUAUUUGUUUGGCGUUUUUUGUUUUGUUUUGGCGAUGUCUGUGUGAAAUACAGAGAGUGAGUUAAGCGCUGUUAAAUUAAAAGCUGCUGCAUUUCUUUCAACAGCUGUGAGUUGUUUGUGAGCAGCAGUUUCUUUUUUACGGCAAAUGAAACGGCACUGGCUGCUCAUCUUACUAACAUCUUAAGUUAAAUCACACCAGGAAGCUGUUUAUCAACUUACAGUUUAACAUCUUACAAAAUUCUCCCAAGGCAUUUUUGAGAGCAGUGAGUCACUGUUUUGUUUUGCAAUUUAAACUGAUUGAACUGAUCCUUGUCAUGCUACUGAAUCUUUAGAACUGCAGGUAGCCAUAUCUUGCCCUUAGUAGCCAUGUUAACCUCAACCAAUACACCUUCCUCUCCUAAUGGCUGCAGAGUUAGUGUGCUUUAUUUUGCAGGAGCACCACAAAUUCAUCCUACCUCAGUGUAGUGCUUUUAUAUUUGAAGGGUUUCGUUCCAAAAUGCUGUGUAUUGAAAGCUAAUUAAAUUAAAAUUCAGAAUAAUUUCAUUUUUAGUGCAAUGCUCCAUAAUUAGUCAGAUGUUCAAACCAACAGUCAUUUUGCAAAUGUAAAACAAUAUCAUUUAAAUUGUAAAUAUAUCAUUUUGAAAUGGAACUCAUACAGACUGACAUAGAUGUGGGUCUGAUGCUUUGUGAUAUUUUGAGUUAAGCUUGUGGUGAGUUGUUUAGAGAUGAUGGACGGACUCUGAUGAAAAAGGUGUGAAUCUGAUUAUUUUCCCUUAUUCACUGCGGUGUGGCCACAGCUCUUGUACAGGUGUGUAUGUAUGUUUCUGCAUGUGUAUAAUUUUUUUAUGCAAGGAUGGUAGACAGUUUAUAGACGAGUUCCCCAUCAUCUCUACUAGCACAAUAUCCUGUAUUUAAAGCUGCAGAGCUGACUUUUUUUAAGCCUGGUUGAUCUUCCGUUUUCUCUCAUUAAGGUGUCUCCAGCAGUUACGUGUAUGCAUGUUUUUGUUAAUUAUUUUAUUUUAUCCAACCCAGAAUAUCCCAGCACACUUCUUGUCAGAUAUGUGUGAAAAGGGCACAACUGUCCAUGGGACCAGGCUUGAUAAGAAGCUAUUCAAGGCAGGUGUCUAUUUUUAGUCACAUCCUCAGUUUAAAAAGGCAGGUGUUUCUCUUUUUCUCUCUCUCUUGUCACUUUAGAGCACUUUACAAACUGAGCAGUGGUGGCAGGAGUGCUUUAUUCACAUUAGAUUAAAACACAUCAUGUUUCAUUUGCAAUGCGACUUCAUUAGUAAUAUACAGAGUAAAACGUAUCUAUACACUUGUAAUUUUUGAGUGUAUAUAUGUACAAAUACAUAGCUAUUUUGUAUAUGGUGGCUUGUUCUUCUGUUCAAUUUAAAUGCAAGCAUGUUGGUGUCUGUCACAGGCAUUCUCAGGUGAAGUUGUCCUAUUUUAAUUUUUGUUUUUAAUUUUACAUUAGACUAGUGUGUGAGGAAGGGUGCAAAUGGUUGUAAUGGAAAGUAUAUUUCAGGAGCCCUGUCUUUAAUCCCAUGAUAGUGUACGGUGGCAGUUAAAAGUGAAAUUUUCUUUUGGUCAAUCACUUUCACUUGUUAACACACAUACCUUCAUAGGAGGAAAUGAAUGGCCAUAUUUGCUGCUCUGGAGGUCUGUGACACUGCUGAAUAACUGACAACAAUAUGCAACAUGAGUUGUUUUUUUGUUGUUUUUUUAAAGUGAGGAAAUUGACAGAAAGCUGAUGGUGGCCUCAAAUCCUCAGAGCUGCAAAUGUUGGAGGUUGACUGCUGCUGAACUUCUGGGUGAUACACAGUGAAAAUGUCUAACCAAAAUGAAAAAGUCAUUAAAAACCAGAAAGGCUGCAGUUAGGUGCAUCUCCAUUACCGCAGCCUCCAUCCAAAGAAAACCCCUGAAUGAAUGGAUGCUACAGAAAUAAAACCUAUUUAUUUGCAUACUUAGUACUCCUAGAAACUUUUAGACUUGGAAAAAUAUCAGUUAAAUGUAAUUUUUUUAUGUAUACUGCCUACAUUUAUUUGUAACCAUGAACAGUUUGUUAGCUGAUACUCAAAACUUGUGUGGUCACCAAGAGACAAAACAGAGAAACAAAACAUGAAAUUGUUGUCUUUGUACAGUUACAGAGAAUAUAUUUGAUUUUACCUUUAACAACCUCAUACAGAGGUGGAAAAGAAAUGCUUUACACUUUUGUUUGCACACAUUAUGCAUACUUGGGCUCCAAGUUAUAAUCAGACACUUCCUUCUAUUUACCAAAUAGUUAAUAGACUGAUCGGUUUUUUCUCAUGUAGAUAACAUAUAUAUAUAUAUAUAUAUAUAUAUAUAUAUAUAUAUAUAUAUAUUUACACACACUUGUUCUUGAUAUGCACACGUAUGUUUGUCCAGUGCACACGGUCCACUCCUGCUCUUUGUUACUUUUUGUCGGCACCAAGUUUUCUGGCUGGUUCAGUCUUCAGUGCAAAAGUUGUCGGGGUUGAGAGCUUACAGACGACGGGAAAUCUCACUUUUCCCCAGUUAAAAAGCCAAAUUUGUCAGACAUCUUUUGCAAUUUUGCAGAUCGUUAACUUUUUCAAGCUUUGAACGCCAGUGAUAUAAAGAGAUUUUUGUCUACUCUGAUUAAUCUGAAUAGACUGAGAGACAGUUAUGGUCAAAAUGAUGUACUG